CAUUAACAGACGGCAAGAGCUUCCAUUUUUGAGAGAGAAAGAGACAACGAAAGAGGAAAAAGAAGAAGAAGAACUCAAGACCCAUUUCCGUACAUACAGAGACAAGCUAAUCACAGUACCAUUAUCUCUCUUUCUCAUCGGAGACGACGACGACGCACUCUGCCGUCCGUCGAAGAUCAUCCGAUCGAGCUCCCACCCAGAAAGAAAUGAUCUUCAACACUGUACAUUCAUACCCAUCUUCGUUUCCUCUGUAAAGUCCCUAGUUUGUACAGACCCACAUCGACAAAAUCUCAAUGGAGCUGUACGGGCGGAGCUCUACGAGAGAAGGGUAUGGAUUGACUGCGUCUGCGGCGGCCGGGACAGGUCUAGAAGAGUCUAUGCGUAAGUUGGGGAUAUGGAACGUACCGUUGGUUUACCCAGAAAGGGUUGGGGCACCUGAUUGUGCUUACUAUAUGCGAACUGGGUCUUGUUCUUAUGGUGCCAAGUGCCGCUACAAUCAUCCUCGCGAUCGCAGCACCACGGUUGGUGGAACCCUAAGAGUUGGAGUAGCUGAGUAUCCAGAGCGUCCAGGGGAGACUUCAUGUCAGUUUUAUUUAAGGACUGGAUUUUGCAAAUUUGGUGCUUCCUGCAAGUUUCACCAUCCUAAAAAUGGAGGUGGAUUCACAAGCAACAUUCUGCUUAACAGUUAUGGAUAUCCUCUAAGACAGGGUGAACAAGAAUGUUUGUAUUAUUUGAGAACGGGGGAAUGCAAAUUUGGUAUAACAUGUAAAUUUAACCAUCCUCAACCGGCUGGGGUGUCUAUGCCGGCAGCAGCAACUGCUCGUCCUUUUUACCCGUCUGUGCAGUCUUCUUCUUCUUCAGUUGUAUCUGCUGAUCAGUAUAGAGCUGCAAGGCCUCCUCUCUUGCCUGGCUCAUAUGUACCAGCAGGUGCUUAUGGUACUACUACUAUGCUGCUGCCUACUGGUUCAGUUGUUUCUAUUCCAGGUUGGAAUCCUUAUUCGGGAUCAGCUAACCCUGUUUUCUCCCCAAGUAGUGGUCAGCCCUCAAUUUAUGGAAAUGCACAAAUAUCUUCUUCUUCUUCUUCUUUAUCUGCAUUUCCUGGAAUUUAUAGUGAGAAGGAAAAGGUUUUUCCCGAGAGACCAGGGCAACCCGAUUGCCAAUACUACUUGCAAACUGGUGAUUGUAAAUGUGGAUCGUCGUGUAGAUAUCAUCAUCCACCUGAUUGGGCUUUACGGAAGACAACUUGUGUUCUAAACUAUUUAGGCCUUCCUUUAAGACCGGGACUACAAGCUUGCACUUUCUACAUGCAAAGAGGCUCAUGCAAAUUUGGGAGGAACUGUAAAUUUGAUCAUCCUAUCGGUUCUGUGGUUAGAUACAACAACAGUCCACCAACAAUUCCUUCCUUUUGACCACUUACAUGGCCAGGGGAUCACAAUUACUGCAAUAGUGUUAGAUGGUUCGACUUCAACUCACCUUCAAAGCUGGAAUUAAUAGAUUGGAAGAAACUUAUAGAUCGUUGUGGAAGAUUUAUCAAAAUAUUAUGCGGGUUUGGAUCCCCCUCUUAACUACUAAUCUUUGUCGCGUUUAUUUAAAUAAGAAAGCUUGUGUACAACACUCGGAUUUAUUAUAUUGCAGUCAAAAUUGAAUUCUUUCA